UUUAUUCUGCGCAUGUUAUCUCUAAUUGGUUGGAAAAUAAUUCGUAACCAAGGGCAACACGCUUGCGUCUUUACGUCAUACUUGACGCUAAAUGUACAUACCUAGUGAUCUUUUAUUUUGUAUGUUGCAUCUCGCAAAUCAUCAUUUGCGUAUAUUUAUCCUAAAUCAUUCACUUUUCCCACCGUGUAUAUAAUCAACUAACUAGUAAGAAACCUAUUGAAGUUAGUCAAGUUGCGCGACAUAUGAUGAUCUGUCGUUGAACGAGUAACAGAUCUUGCAGUGAUUAUUUUGUGAUCUUGAUAACCUCGGGGGCGGCAACAAAUGUCACUCAAUUGUAUAUAUUCUCAUUGAUUAUCAGUUGUCAAGUGCACAAAUUCUAAUAUUGAUUUAUUAUAAGUCAGUUUAACCAUGGCAAGUAAUUAAUUCAAUGUUAUUAAAUCUAUUUUAUAAUUAUAAAGAUUCGCUUCAUCCUCAUUCAGAAUAGAGCUGGAAAAACGAGACUGGCAAAAUGGUAUAUGAAUUUUGAUGACGAUGAGAAACAAAAAUUAAUAGAAGAAGUUCAUGCAGUGGUGACUGUACGAGAUGCCAAGCAUACUAACUUUGUUGAGUUUCGUAACUUCAAGAUUGUCUAUAGAAGAUAUGCUGGUUUAUAUUUUUGCAUUUGCGUUGACGUCAAUGAUAAUAAUCUGUGUUAUUUAGAAGCGAUACAUAAUUUCGUUGAAGUGCUGAAUGAAUAUUUUCAUAAUGUCUGUGAAUUGGACCUUGUCUUUAAUUUUUAUAAGGUAUAUACAGUUGUAGAUGAAAUGUUUCUAGCAGGUGAAAUAAGAGAAACUAGUCAAACAAAAGUACUAAAACAACUUUUGAUGUUAAAUUCAUUAGAAUAAAAAUAUUUUACUUAAUUUAAUUAUACUGAUUACAUGUUAUGUACGUUAUGAAUAUAUGACAGGUAAAUUUAAUCAUGAACAACAAAUUUUAUAUGUUUAUUAAUUGAUCUGCAUUCUAGUGAUUUAUUGGUGAUAAGAUAUUAUAAUAAUUUGACAUAUUUCUUGAUUUGUUCAUAAUUAUAUACUAAUACAUUUUAUUACUUGAUAUUUUUAUAUUACUUUAUAAGGAUUUAUUGUUAAAUCAAUUUAGAAAAAUAUACCAAACAAUUCUAGUAUGUUCUGAACAAUUUCAAAUGUAUACCAAGUAAUAAAUGAGAAAUUAAAACACUGUUUACCGA